CCCAUCAUUUAGGGUUUUUACCCAUUUUCAAAAGAUUAGAUUUGACAAAAACGGUUUAUUAUCUCUUUGGGUUUGCCGGCGAUUAAGAAUUGUUUCUAAAGAUGAGAAGACGAAUGGAAAGUACUGUUCAAACGUAUUGUCAAAUUUUCAUUUCCAUACGUACGAAAUUUACAAUGCUUUUUCAAUACAGAGCUUCCAAUUCGGCGUCCAUUCAAUUCGAUUGAGCUCAAAAGCAAGGACCAAGCCGUUGAGCAGGUCAACCGCCGCUGACAAUCAAGUUCUUGGUGGGUCUGCUUUAGAUUUUGGUUGUUCGAUUGCCCGCAGUUGAGGAACAUGAUACUAUGCGACAAAGGUUGGUUCUAAAAUCGACCGCUCCUCUGUUUAGGAUUAUUCGGUAUGAUUACGGCAGCUCCAACAAUAAAGCACGAGGAGAUGAUUGAGGUCGACCUUCCCAAGGAGCAUGUCAUAGCAUCAGUGGCAGAGGAUCGAGAAGCAACUUGUUGGGGUUGUGGGCUGCGCCUCUUGCUUCCAUCAGGUGGGCCCAUUUUCAAGUGUGGUUGGUGUGGAGCCAUAACAAAUCAAAGUGCACGGAAGCAGGAAGACAGGGCCUUAAAGUGGAGGUGGUUACGAGACCGGGGGUUUGUUUGUGUCCUACUCGUAUUCAUACUUUUUGUGAUAUGUGGUGGCGUAUGGGCCGUAUAUCCUGUUAUUUUCUCAAUCAGCCAAUUUUGUGGAAUUUUCCAUUCCACUAUAACCAUGGUUUUGGCUGUAGCCACCAUCUCUUCAUUCAGUCUCGCUGCAUUUAGAUCUCCUGGAACACCUCCAAAUGUUCUAUGGGGCAGCUAUCCCGUUGUAGAGAAGGGUGACCUCGAAAACUAUACCUUUUGUCACUACUGCUCGAAGCCAAAGUCACCAAGAACUCAUCAUUGCCGUUCCUGUGGUAUGUGUGUCCUGGACAUGGACCACCAUUGCCCAUUUAUUGGGAACUGUGUUGGUGCAGGAAAUCACAAACACUUCAUUCUAUUCCUCAUUUCAGCUAUUGCGAGUACAAUUUAUGUUUCAAUCAUGGCUGUAUACUCAGUUCUGCAUAUGUGGCCGCCGUUAUCGUUCCACGAUUUGGGUCGCCUAAAUGGUUCUGGAAGCAGGUUCGGUUGGAAUCUUUCAAAGGAAAUCUUUCAUGCUGUUCUGAGCUCCACAACGCUACUGUCUAUCAGAGGGUUCAUACUCAUUUAUCUCUUUAUCUCAAGUUUCUCCGUUCAAAUUGGAUUGAUCGUACUUCUAUGCCAACAGCUAUGGUAUAUCUACGAGGGAAAAACUUAUUUGAGUCACUUGAGUUCACAGGGUGAUGAUGGAGAAAAGGAUUGCCAAAAUCUUCUCCGCUUCUUUGGCUGCCCAUCGGUUGCUUUCUCUCGACAUUUUCCGAUUUUUCGAACCUCAAGAAAAAGACACGAGAAGUGAACAAAAUUCGUGUAAUGGUAAUCACUGCAUCCAUUGAUCAAUAUAAUGAUUAUAUGAUGUAUUUUUUGGGUA